GGUUUGGGCAAGGGCCUUCUCGGCUUCCACCCCCCCGCUUCCGGCCGCGAGCCGUCCUAGGGGCUGUGCUUCGACGGAGAACGCCGCGGCCUGGCGAGGGGAGCGGCCUCGGGGCGCGGCCAGGCCCGUUCGUAGCAGACCUGGGACAGCUGUGAGCCCCGCGACACGUUCCCACCAAGCAGCACUCUCCCGCAGCCGUUUGUCGAUCACUUGCUGCACACCGGGCUCUGCGGACAGAACAGUGAGUCAGCGCAGCACAGGGACGUCAGCCACAUUCACACACUGGCUCCUCUGAUGACCGAGUCCCUCCUCCUCGGGGAGGGGGAGACCAGAGAAAUCCCACCCUCAAGCAGCUUACACUUUAGAAAGAGGGGGACAAACUGGUAACACCUCUGUCCGUCUGUGGUUUUUAUAUCUGGGAAGAGAAGAAUCACGCUGUUUUGGAUCUCACAUGGCGCAGAGCAUGAAGUGGCUGGUUAAGACUUGAAAGGGCUCACAGAGCGGCACAGUUGAUGACCGCUGACGGCACGGGAGGUGGGAGAGCACGAUGGCUGGGAAGAGACUGUCGAGCACGGGCGGGCAGCGCCGGCUGCUGGGGCUGCUGGUGGCUGUGGCCGCCGUCCACCUCGUCACCUGCCCCUACGCCAAAGUGGAGGAGAGCUUCAACCUGCAGGCCGCACACGACCUGCUUUACCACCGGCUGGACGUGGACAAGUAUGACCAUCUCGAGUUCCCCGGAGUGGUCCCCAGGACGUUCCUCGGGCCCCUGGCUGUGGCGGUGCUCUCCAGCCCUGCGGUCUAUGUGCUAUCCCUGCUGGAAGCAUCCAAGUUUUAUUCUCAGCUAGUAGUCAGGGCUGUCCUUGGACUCGGCGUGAUCUUUGGACUCUGGACUUUACAAAAAGAAGUGAGGCGGCAGUUUGGGGCCACGGUGGCCACCGUGUUCUGCUGGGUGACGGCCACGCAGUUCCACCUGAUGUUCUACUGCACGCGCACGCUCCCCAACGUGCUGGCCCUGCUUGCGGUCCUGCCGGCCCUCACAGCUUGGCUGCAGCUGAAGUGGGCCCGCUUCCUCCGGCUCUCGGCCUUCGCCAUCCUCGUCUUCAGAGCCGAGCUGAGCCUGUUCCUGGGCCUCGUGCUGCUGCUGGCGCUCUGCACCCGGAGGCUCUCAGUGGCCAAGGCCGUGCGCUGCGCCGUGCCGGCCGGCGUCCUCUGCUUAGGACUGACGGUCGCCGUGGACUCCUACUUUUGGCGAUAUCUUGUGUGGCCAGAGGGCAAGGUGCUUUGGUACAACACCGUCCUGAACAAAAGUUCCAACUGGGGAACCUCCCCGCUGCUGUGGUAUUUCUACUCGGCCCUGCCCCGCGGCCUGGGCUGCAGCCUGCUCUUCGUGCCGCUGGGCGCCGUGGACAGGAGGGCCCUGGUGCUGCUGCUGCCGUCGCUGGGCUUCGUGGCCCUGUACUCGCUGCUCCCGCACAAGGAGAUACGGUUCAUCAUCUACACCUUCCCUGUGCUCAACAUCGUGGCCGCCAGGGGCUGCGCCUGCCUGCUGAACAAUUAUAAGAAGUCUUGGCUGUAUAAAGUGGGGUCCCUCCUUGUGAUAGGACACCUCGUGGUAAAUGCCACAUACUCGGCCACAGCCCUGUACGUGUCCCACUUCAACUAUCCUGGUGGUGUGGCCAUGUGGAAACUGCAUGAGUUGGUGUCCCCCAGGACAGAUGUUGUUCUGCACAUCGACGUGGCUGCCGCACAGACAGGCGUGUCUCGGUUUUUGGAGGUCAACAGCGCCUGGAGGUACGAGAAGAGGGAGGAUGUGCGGCCCGGGUCAGGGCACAUGCUGGCCUACACGCACCUCCUCGUGGAGGCUGUCCCUGCACACCUGGACCUCUACGGGGACACACACCGGGUCCUGGCCGCCAUCGCAGGCACCACCGGGGUGAGUCUGAACCUGACCGCACUGCCUCCCCUCGACAUCCACCUGAAGACCAAGCUGGUGCUCCUGGAGAGACUCCGUGGGCCUUCCUGAGAAGGGGCCAGUGUCCUUCCGAGGACGUCGGAGCUCCGGCAGCAUCCUGGCAGACGGGACGAUACGAGACACAACAGGACUGCGGACGUGCCGCCGCCCCUGGGCCUCUUGCAGCGUCCGAAGAAGCGCCCCUUCGGGGGGAUCAUGUGAGUCUUUGUGAAGAUGGGCAGUGGGAGCCUCAGCGCCUGCUGACCGCGACCCCCAUGCCCACCCGAGCUGCGGGACGAGUCCUUUGUGGACACAGGCAUGCCAUUUCCAUCGCAGAUGAGACUCUGGGGAAUUCAAAGGGGAAUAAGAAUAAACAUUUAAAUGCGUCCUUA